AUGAGUGACAAGUCUUCACAAUCCAGCCAAAAGGCUGUGCGUGCCUGCGCAGCCUGCCAAAAAUACAAGCGGCGCUGCGACAAGACCUUGCCCAGCUGCUCUCUCUGUACCAGGUUACGCAGGCCAUGUGAUUAUUCCAAUCGGCAGUCGGAGAAUGAGCUGAAAACCCGAAUCCAAGAGCUCGAGUCUCUUGUCGCCAACCAUGUUAGCAGGCUGUCUCCUCAGCCUCAAUCCACUUCGACGGCUUCCAGCCGGGACACAACCAGCUUCUCAAUAUCGCAAUCUCCUUGUGCAUUUUAUCCAGCAGCCCUCCGCUUCCAAAAGCUGUUCUUGGAUACAGAUAUCCAGACUCGCCCGGAUGCUCCGUCGCCGCCUUCGAGUGACAUGAUCCCCGCUGCCGUUUGGGCCUACUUAGGGGAUCAGGCUCAGAGCGCGGCCAUCAUGUCACAGUAUUUCCAUACAAUACACAAGUGGAUUCCCAUCAUCAGCCAAGUGCGUUUAACCUCGCUGGCUGAUUUGGAACUAGGUAACCGCCCCAGAGCGGAUUUUGCUUUGUUGCUCCUUGCCAUGAAGCUCAUCCAGAAUGUGCCCGGAAGCUCGUCCAACGCAGUGAAAGAUUUGCUGUACAUCUGCGCAAAGGAAUUUGCAGCUUCUCUGGAAAUAGCAGGUGUUUAUACGCUGCUAAAGCUUCAGGCUAAUCUACUCAUCUCAGUGUAUGAGAUGGGACACGGAAUAUUUCCCGCUGCCUAUGUUUCAGUGGGCUGUUGUGUAACACAAGCCAUGGUCCUCGGCAUCCAUAAUCGGGAAGCGCCUCAAAUCUUGGAGCAGCCGCGCACUUGGAUAGACUGGGAAGAGAGACAACGGGUCUGGUGGUUGGUUGUGAUCCUUGAACGGUACAUCACUUCUGUUGGAGACAACCGGCCUCUCCUAUCCGCCGAUCCUAAGACAACAUCUCAUCUGCCUGUCAAUGAUGACUCUUGGGAUUCUGGACAAGCCAUGUAUCCUGAGCGUCUCAUUUUAUCCUCAUCCAAACAUUUGUCAGCAAGCCCAUUUGCUCGUCUUGCUCAGGCCUCUCAUCUCCAGGGAGAGGUUAUCAAGCACUGCAAUGAUGAUACUCGAAGCCUAGCGCUCGUCCAGAAUGACGUCGAGGUGCUCAGCCAGGUUUUGUGGUCCUUCCUAGAGGUCAUCGGCAAAGACAGGUCCAGUAUGAUGCACUUUUACAGCUCCGUGGGAGUUUGUCUAAGCGCGCUGAUGAAGCUAUGCGAUCACCACUCCUGCGACUCAUUCGCCAUUUACAACGACAGGGCCCUCGACGUGACCGAAAUGGCCCUUGCUCGCGAAAUAGCUCUCCGAUGCCAAAGCAUAAUGAAGGAUUGCAUUUUCAAGGCCAUUUCAUUCAUUGAAGUCCUCGGGGAAAUGGUGCAAGAUCAAGAGUCUAUCGAGAAUCUCGCUAGCUUGUCGCCCUGGUUUUUGGAUAGCAUCUACCAGUGCCUGGCGAAUAUCGUUUAUCUCAUGGCUACGACUCCAGCUGUAGAAGCCUCAGGAUACCCGUCGCAGGUGUCUCUAUGCAUGGACUUGUUACGAAAGGCAAACCAGAGAUGGAACGUCGCAGGAGCUUACCUUGAGGCUAUUGACUUGAUAGAGCAUGAACUGAAAGUCAGUCAUUAUUAG